AUGUCUGAAUCUUCCGACCGAAUCUCCAAGAGCCCCGAAUUCCCGGGACAUGACGCCUCGAAUGAGGUGCUUGCGAAGUGGAAGGAGGACCUCGACGCUCAUGACCGCCGUGAAGAACGUCGAGGAGCUCUCCGGCCCCGGGGAGACAAGAACGAGUUGGGCCUGCCCAAACCUCCUCCCGCCGGCUCGAGCUCGAGUUCCGGCACCAAGAAGACCGGACCCGGGCCGAACAAGGGUUCGAAGCAGCCGGGGAAGAGAACGGUUGCGAAGAAGCAGCUGGCGAGGGGUCCGGGAGGGAAGUUUUUGCCCAAGGCCGUGGGGGAUAAGGGGAAGGGGAAAGAGUUGGGGCAGGAGGUGAAGGGGCCGGACGACAUGGACGUUGAUGUCCCGGCGGAUGACGAGGAGGUGGAGGAGGAGGAGGAGGAGGAGGUCCAGGCCGAGCCCACAACGACGUUGACGAUGAGUGAGCUCCGAGAGCUCAUCCGAGCGGGGGCUGAGAAGGUGUUGGAGGGCGAGAGGAAGCAGAGGGAGAAGGAGGAGAAGGCGGAGAAGGAGAAGGAGGAGAAGGAGAAGUUGGAGUCGGACGAGGCGAUCGCGAAGGCGAGGGAGGAGAUGGAGGAGGCCGCGAAGGCCACGAAGACGACCGUGGACAAGAAAGCGGUUUCCCCCGAGGUGACGGCCUCGACUUCGGGGGACAAGGAGAAGGCCAAGGAUGGCGUGGUGCAGAUUGCUGGAUGUACGGUCUCUAAAGAUGGCAAAACCAUCAUCGACGGCGAAGGCAAAGGCCUUACGACGUACAAGUGGGAGAAAGUCCAAGUGUGCCGACACAUGCUGAAGAAGCAUGCCACGUCUCUCGUCGAGUGCCUUGGGGAGAACCGAUGCGAGCAAUGCCGCAAAGGGGGUCGGGACCUCAAGAGCAACAAGGAGACCCAGCACUUCGACGAUCAGUACUCGAGGUGCAUCUUCGGCGACGAUAAGGGCUGCUUGUGCUGCAAGUGGAAAGGGAGGAACGCCGAUUGCCGCGGCGCCAACAAAGCCGGUGCUCUUGCACCUCUUGCUGAGCACGAGAAGAACACCGCCGCCGCCGCCGCCCUUGCUGCCAGGGCCUCUACCCCGCCUCGCUUUCCCGUCUUUGGUGGCAUCAGAUCGCCGACUCGCCCUCUCGCUCCUCCCGCCGCCGCCACCCUAGCGUUCGAGCAGACUACGCAUGAUGUGGCCAAAAAAGUCCAAGCGGCCGGUGCGUGGUUGGAGAAGGUUCAGCAGGAGUGGGCGGACCUCGGGAAGUCUGACGAAGGCCAGGAGGACUGGAACGGUCUCGCCGAGAAGUUCCCAAAGGCUUCGGCGCUCCUUGCUGAGGCCAACGAGAUCAUCACCCAUCUCGACGGUGCCGCUUUGACCGGACUGGGGCGCGAGCUCGAGCAGGGCGUUACCAAGGUCAAGGCUGAACGGGAGACAGCUUUGCCGGCCACUCCCACCAGGACUCGAGCAGGAUGGGCUUCGAGGCCUUUCGGUACGGGAUUUGGGGCUCCUUUGUCGUGA